AUGAGCAAAGGCCGCGGCAAGAAGCGCGCCCACACCGGAAGCGUCCGUGGAGAAACACCUCCUGGUGGGGAUGAAGCCGCCUCAGCACCACCGCACGCCGAUCCUGAACAGGUGAUCACAGCAUUUGUGGAUCGCCAUUUCUCCGAGCACUUUGCUUCAGAGAAAUCGCCAUCCGACCAAGACCUUAUCCUUUCUCGUUUGCUCUCACAACGCCUGGCUCCAGUACACCCCAAUGAAUGUCAUCUUGCUGGCGCCUUGAGCUGUCUUCGCGAGUAUCUCGAAUCAGACACGCCCCUUUUCCCAGCUGCAGCACCCGCCACUCCCACCACUCCCCCCUCGACUAGCAGAGCGCUUCUUCCUACAUUAGCUGAUUCUCCUCGCACCAAACAAGCCAAAGACUCGGUCAACAAGCUCAAGCAACUGGCGACAUGGGGGUUUCUUCACAUCGUACCACCGCGAGCUUUGCAACCCGGACCAUCCUGGCUUCGCAGUACCGAGUUAAAGGGCAUCAUACCUGAGUUCGAGAGGAUGAAAGACAAAUCGCGCGAUGACAAAUCGGGCGUAGACAAAUCGCGCGUAGAAAUGGAGGUCAGCAACGUUUACUCGAAUCUCGCCGCAAAACUCGCCUCCUACAGUGAUGUGGACGAGGCACUGUCGCUUGUACUUGUUCACCUUGCACGUUCAUUGCCCGCCCCUAAGCUGGGCAUGGAAGGAGUGGAUGCUAACAUUCGUUUCCCAGAGGAAUUUGGCCGUGACUAUUACGGUGAUGCGCCAGGACCGCUUCCUGCAUCAAGCGGCACCGGCAAGUCGCGCCUGGUCUACGAAUGUCGACAUCGAACUCCUCUUCUCUAUGUCUGCGUCCGAAAACGUACUUCCGAUGGAUUGUCUAUGAAAGGCUAUCCCUUUCCUGAUCGUGGGGUACGUGCCUUUUUCGACGAGGCGCAGAAGACUCACAAGGAUAAGUGUAACCUUCAGAUUGCCUGUUUCCUCGGCGCUUGGUUCUCGGAGCUUGCUCAACGCCUCGCCGAGCGGCCCACUCAGCAGCAAAAACACGACUAUCUGAUGCAGCUCAACCAUCUCCAUCUAAAGGAUGGUAUCAAUGCUGAACGCACCGACUUCUUCCAAACCGUUUCCGAGCGCGCUUCUGACACCCUCAAGCGUGCCGACAGCAGCUUUGACGAAACGUCGAAACAUGAUGAACUCUUCACCACUCACCUCAAAUCGCCGCUUGCCGCCCUCGAACGAGAGAUGAAGUACAUUAUAGCUCACAUGUACCCCGCCCAAACGCCCACGGCGGAUCAUCACCCAGGCCUCCUAUCAUUGUGGCCUUCGACGAACCCAGACAUCAAUCAGCUCAACAGCCUCCGCCGCGCAUGGAAUUGGAUCAAUACCCAACAAGCCAGCGCCAAGACCACGACGUUCUGGCUUGUGUUGAUCAGUACCAGCAGCAGCGCGGCCGAUUUUGUCAAGCAUGCCCACCGUAACGUGUUAUCAUUGGCAGUGCCCAUUUUCAUCGGCGUUAGUUUUGACGUGCUGCUUUCACAGCAACCCAGCCUUUCUUGCGCCUCGCAAGCUUCUGCGGACUCUCACAUCAUUUACUACGGACGACCGCUGUGGAAGACAUUCAAUUCUGGAAGCCUCUGGGUGAUGGCCAACCACAAAUUGAUGGGUGGCGAAGACUUUGCCAUCCGCAAGACCGCCCACUGCUUCAGCAUCUUGGCGUCUCGUCUCGCGCUAAGCCUUUCGCCGACUGAAUCGCCAAACUCGGAACUCUUUGCAAGACAGAAGCAAUUCGUCGACAGCACAGUAGAUCGCCACAUGCGCAUUGUCACGCAUGUUACCAGCGAGGGUGUCAUGCACGUUGAAUCUCCAUCAGAGCCUGUGCUAGCCAUCGCUGCUUCCAAUAUCAUGCUGGCUCCCUACCUCCAGUCAGCUGAGAAAGCGAGAGGCUACACGUACGCAGACAUCCUCAAGAAAUUUCAGCAAGAAUGCUUGCUCAACCCCGAUGUUGCCUUGCUAAAGGGCAGUUUCGGUGAACUUGCCUCGCGGAUCAUCUUGAUGGUUGCUUGCGACGCCGUGAAGCGCAAAAAAAUCGAACAAACCGAGCCAAAGGAAUCGUCGGACACCCAGCACGUGGGCGCCAGCAUCUACGCCAAGCCCGUGCGUCUCGAGAGCGUUCUGAGAAACCUCGCCGACCUCGACGAAGCCAAUCUCGCUGCGCUGCGUCAACGCCUUGAAGACGUCUACGAUGCCGGCUCGCGCACCGAACGGCAUGCAAUUCCAAUCAGAGAUCAGUUGCAGUCGGCUUCCGCUACGCUGCCGAUGUGGAUCAACUUUACGCAUUUCGACUUGCUUUCCCGAAGCGAUCAACAAGAUAACACCCGAAUUUCUAUGGCACUGCUGGAAGCGUGGAGUAGCCGUGCAAAUGGCGCACACACAGCAUGGCAUCGAUGGCAUCAUCCCGGUCUUCAGGGCGAGAGGCACGCUGCGCGCUACAUGACCUACAUUGCCUGGGAAGCAAAGAACCGAAGGGAUCCACAGAGCACCACGGUCCCUGCUAGUUCAGCGCCUGUCGUUGCUGGACCGGUGAUCAAGAGCGCCUCGAUGGCACCGCCAAACGAGAAGCCACUGACCGAACAGGCUCUGUUGAUCGUGCUUUUCGACCUUGGCACAAGCACCGGGUUCAAGAAAGCGCAAGACGGCUCUCGACCGCAAGUGACGCCUAUUACCGGUCAACAGUGCCCUCGGCUGUGCAUUCGGGGUUUGCUCGGCCCGCACGCUUACCCCUGUCUCGACCUUUUCGAGGCCCGUUCAACCUUGGUGGACAUUCUGUCGUCUAGCUCUGAUCCCGCACCAAACCCUCUCAACAUCAUCGAAAAGCCCAUGUGGAAUGAGCGCAUCCAGCCCGAGUCGGAUUCCAUUUAG